GAACUUUCUUGGUGUCAAUUACUCUAAUUUCAGAAAGUCUAAAGAAGGAAGUGCAAAACCUAAAUUAACACCAAAGAUGGCAAGAAAAAAGAAGGAAGUAAGUGACGAGGAAAAAUCAAAACCAAAACUUGGUAGAAAAUGCACAUUGGAAGGAUCUAAAGAUGAUAAGAAGCUUUAUGUACCAAGAAGAAUUUUCGCAAGAAGGAUGAAAUCUAAAAAACCAAAGAAGAAUGUCAUUUCAAUGAGUUUUGGACCUCUUGUUGACUGCAGCUUCAACCUACCGAGGGUUGCUCAGAAAUUAGAGCGAUUGAUGGGGAGCAGUAUUGUUCGAUUAACGGAUAGGAAGUAUAUGCUAGAUCUUCAGAAGCGAAUCCAAGAGGAUUAUCAUGACACUUUAUUGAAGCGGAUCUCCAAACGUGAGGCUGAUGAAGUGGAGAAACAACUACAAAAGUUAUUGAAUCCACCAGAAGACAUAAGAGACCUUGAGAGGAUCCUGUUCACGUCACAAAGUAUUGUAUUGAUGACGGAACUGGAACGAGCUCGUCGAAUGGGAAAUGCAGGAGGUGAAAAGAUUCCAAAAAAGAUUGGUGAACAUCCAAUUGUCAUGGUUAAUAGUAAGACGAAUGCUCUAUUGAUGAGUAAACGAGAGAAAUUGAUGACAGUUCGUCAAAAGAAUGCAUCGGAACUUGUAAAGCAAGGCAAACGAUGGGAACGAGAUAGACUGAGAAUGGCUGAAGAAGAGAGAGUCAACGAGAUUGAAACGAAAAAGGAACGAGAAAAAAUGCUUGAAGAACAUACGCUUUAUAUCUUUGAUCCUGAAAAGGCUGACAUUAUGGAUAUGACAAGAAUUAGAAGCAGGAAGUUUACUGAGUGUGAAAUUGACUUGAAAAACUUUUUAUUAAGUGAAAGAGAAAGUUUACGGACUAGAAAAAUAAAUGAGCAGGAACGAUUGACACAAGAAAAACAUCUAUUGACUGUUGCUGAAGAAAGGAAAUUAAAAGGACAAUUGACAUCAGAUUUGUCAUCAUUUGAGGAUCGACAGGAUGAAAUAGAUGGAAAGCAUGAGAAGAAAGAUGAAGUUGCAAUGAUUGGGAAAUUAAAAUUGCCAAUGUCAGCAGAAGAAAUGAAGAAAAAGACAGCAAAUAAGGAUGAAGAUCCACAAAUUGCUCGAUUUAAAAGUGCUGAGACUGUCAAAGAGAUUUAUUCACUUGCUGAGGGUAUAAUCGCUGGCGAUGUUAUUACAGGUGCACAGUAAUUUGUUAUCACAUCACUUCCAUUUCUCAUUGUUGAUCAAAAUUCUCGCAUUGGACUCAUCAUAUCAUUCAAAAUUCUACAUAAAAAGUAUAAAGUUUAGAAGCGUAGCUAUCAUAGAUACGUAGAAGUAGAUGGAUAAAAUCAGACUGACUGAAACAGAAGAAAUGUAGAGCAACUGAAUUCGUAUUUCAUGUUUGUGAUUCAUAAAGCCGAAACCAAUUCAUUGUAAGACGAACAGAUAAGGAUAAGGAAUGAAAAACGGAGGGAAAAGUGAUUUACAACAUGCAAUGAUUUUUUCACUUAUCCACUGACAUGACAUACCUAUCAAUUCAAUGUUGAUUCUUAUCGAUUCAUGAUAGUUGUUGGAACCAAUUUUUCUUUCUCAUUUCCUUUCCUUUUUCAUUUCACUUCAUUUAAAAAUAAUCAGUGCAAAAAUUAAGUAGUCAUAAAGAACAGCAAGAUGAAUGUGAAUUUAUGAAUUGAUUGUUGAUUUAUUACUGUUUCAAGUGCUAUAUCCAAUUUGGACUAUUUAUAGACAAUUUUUUUUUUCUUCAAAAUUGAAUAUUUUCAUGAAUGCCACGACAUUGGAAAUGCCAAGUUUUUUAGCAGCAAUAAAAUUUGUUCAUAGGUAGUAUUUUCAAAAUUUGACUUUCAGCAUGCAUUCAUGGAAAUCCAAAUGGUGCAAAAAUAGAAUAUAAGGUGAUAGUGAAAAUUUAUCGAGUAUUAAGUAGACAUAUUUAGUAUAACGAUGAGAUAUUAAAUGAAUAAAGGCAGUGAAAAAUAAAAUAGGUCAGUUCUUUGAAGAUCAAAAAAGAU